AUGUCAGCUUUCCAGAUUUUGACACAGUCAUCAAAGACUUACAUCAACCGCUUGGUGCAAGCAAUUGAUUCUGGGGCUGUUACGCCUCCAACUGAUGGCAGGUCACUGCGGGAGCAGAGGGAGUCACCCCAAACUGCAAGCGCUAACGGUUUUUUCUUGCAUCUCUAUGAGAACCUUGCAGAGCCACUCGCUGAGACCAUCCUUCCUGAUCCAGAUGAUGAUGGUGACCAUGAAUUGCAUCGGGUUGCUGUUGCAUCGGAAGCUUUUCAGAAAGGUGAGCGGGCAAAGGAUGAUUUCAAUGAGUUCAUUCUAGCAGAGGCGAACCCGGUGGUAGCAUUGGGUGUUCCCAAUGAUGACCGAGAGCAGCGGUGGAUCCCACAUUGCACAUUGGCCGACCUCUAUGACCAAUACUGCUUCAGCUUUGUCUCCCGUGGAGAGACACCAUGCAGCCAGUCAGUGUUCAACAAGUGCUGGAAAGACAAAUGGUGCGGUGUGAUUCGCAUCCGACGCGUGUCCCAACACGCCCAGUGUGACAGUUGUGCCAAGUACAAAGCUUACCGCCAGGCUGCCAAGACUGAGGAGGACAAGGAAAACGUGCAGAAAGCCUACCGUAAGCAUUUGGCCCAGGUCUUUGCAGACCGGGACCUUGCUGGGAGUUACAUCAAGCAUGCUGAGCUGUCGGCAAAGGGGGACACUACAAUUCCCUUCCGCCAGCGGACAUUGAUGAUCUCGCUGGACGGCAUGGACCAGGCAAAGUACAAAGUGCCACGGAAUAUGGCGGGCUGCAAGCUGUUUGAAUCUCACUGGAGGCCAACGCUUCACUGCGUUGGAAUCUUGGUGCACGGAAUCGCUGAGAUCUACUACAUCAGCAACCCUGACCUCCCAAAGAGCAGUAACACUCAGAUGACAGUGCUGUGUUCCUUGUAUGUCAUCAAGGCACCUGUUUACUCUCUUUCUGAUGUGGUGCAUGUGUGUGUUUUCCAAAGUCUUUGGGGUGUGCGGCCAGGUUGA